GUUUGAAAGCUUAUUAUUAGAUUAAACAAAAAAACAACAAAUCCUCAUCUAACUCCAGUGAACAGCAACACCGUACGACGACGCAUUGGUUCCUCGCCGUGAACACCCAAACAAACCCCAACCCAGCCCAAACAAAACCCUAAUUUAUGAUCUCUCCCCAAUUCUAUUUCAUUUCUCCCAUUCUCUCCUGCUCCAGUCACGUAGAUCCAUGAUCACCUUUGCACUCGUCUCCCACAUAAAUUCCCCUGAUUAACGUUCGCAGCCACGUGCCGCAGACACAAAAUUCCAUUUUUCUUCUCGUUUAUUGCUCAAUUGUGUUGCUUGUUUUCGACGAUCGGGUUUUUGCUGUGGUUCUUCUGCUUCAAUUUCGACAAUUUCUGAACGAAUGGUUUAGUCUAAAUAUUCGGAAGGUGCGUGUAUAAAAGGAUGGGUAGCAGUGACGCGGAUAAACCCCCGAAAGAGAAGGAGUCCAAAACACCUCCGUCGACGUCACAGGAGCAGUCUCCAACAACUGGAGCUGGACCGGUUAAUCCCGACUGGGCUAACUUUCAGGCAUAUUCUCAUAUACCUCCACAUGGGUUCAUGGCAUCAGGUCCUCAAGCCCACCCAUAUAUGUGGGGUGUCCAGCAUAUUGUGCCUCCCUAUGGCACCCCACCACAUCCCUAUGUUGCAAUGUAUCCCCAUGGUGGCAUAUAUGCUCAUCCAUCCAUGCCUCCGGGAUCUUAUCCUUUUAGUCCUUACGCCAUGCCUUCUCCAAAUGGUGUUGCAGAUGCGUCGGGAAAUACUCCAGUCAUCAAUGAAGCUCAUGUUAAGCCUCCUGAGAUGAAGGAAAAAUUACCAAUCAAAAGAUCAAAAGGCAGUUUGGGUAGUUUGAAUAUGAUUACAAGAAAAAGUAAUGAACCUCGUAAAACACCAGCAACAUCUGCCAAUGGAAUUCAUUCCCAAAGUGGUGAGAGUGCAAGUGAAGGUACUAGUGAAGGAAGUGAUGAGAACUCCCAGAAUGACUCUCAAUUAAAAUCUGGGGAGAGGCAGGAUUCUUUUGAAGAUGAACCCUCUCAAAAUGGCAGUUCAGUGCAUGCUCCACAAAAUGGGGUACUUCAUACACCUCAUACGGUUAUUAACCAAACUAUGGCCAUUGCAACUAUACCUGCUUCUGGUGGUCCUGCAACUAAUUUGAAUAUUGGAAUGGAUUAUUGGGGCGCACCAACUGCACUGCAUGGAAAUGUCCCUUCUCCUGCAAUUGCUGGUGGGAUAGUUAAUACCGGGUCACGUGAGGGUGUUCAGCCACAAGUGUGGCUACAGGAUGAAAGAGAGCUUAAAAGACAAAGGCGCAAGCAGUCUAAUAGGGAAUCUGCACGCAGAUCCAGGUUGCGAAAGCAGGCUGAAUGUGAUGAACUAGCCCAGCGUGCUGAUGUGUUGAAAGAAGAAAAUGCUUCUCUCCGAUCUGAAGUGACCCAGAUCAGGAGCGACUACGAGCAGCUACUCUCUGAGAAUGCAGUACUCAAGGAGCGACUUGGGCAGAUACCUGGGAAAGAAGAUCUCAGGUCGGGCCAGAAUGAUCAGCCUGUAUGUAGUGACACUCAACAGAGUGAUCAGACAGUGGCUGUGCAGGGCAUUCAUUAGGAUCAAGCUUCUUGCUGCAUGUUUCUGUUUCAUGAAGAUAACCUAACACCAAAUAACAACUCGCCUUUGUAUUUUGGUAGAUUCUAGCUCAAAUUGUAUUGAGGGUGAUCGAUCAUAUGUAAUGUUAGGAUCAAUUUGUUAUAUGAUCCUUCAUUCCUAAUUUAUCGCGUUUUUUACCGACAAAAACAUCCUGGUUUGUAGGUAGGUUGAGAAAUGGGUUAUACCUUAUGUGUUACUUCAGAAAUUAAGAUAUAUGGUUAAUGAACCUGGGUAUUUUCCAUUA